CAGAUGCCUCAGGAACAGUAUGCCCAGAGAAGCACCAUGCAGAGCUCAGAAGGACCACAUGUAUACAAAGUGGGGAUUUAUGGUUGGCGGAAGAGGUGCCUCUAUUUCUUUGUGCUACUUCUAAUGAUUUUAAUCCUGGUGAAUCUUGCCAUGACCAUCUGGAUUCUCAAAGUUAUGAAUUUCACAAUUGAUGGAAUGGGAAAUCUAAGAAUUACAGAAAAAGGUUUAAAGCUAGAAGGAGAUUCGGAAUUCUUGAAACCUCUCUACGCCAAAGAAAUCCGGUCCAGGACAGGCAACCCUCUGUACUUCCAGUCUGCUCAGAAUGUUACAGUGAACAUUCUCAAUGAGGAGAGUAAAGUUCUUACACGUCUGGUAACAGGUCCCAAAGCAGUGGAAGCCUACAGCCAAAAAUUUCAAGUGCUAACCACUUCAGGGAAAUUGUUAUUUUCUGCAGAUGAUAAUGAAGUGGUCGUUGGAGCAGAAAGACUGAAAGUUUUAGGAGCAGAAGGCACAGUGUUCCCCAAAUCUAUAGAAACUCCUAAUGUCAGGGCAGACCCCUUCAAGGAACUAAGACUUGAGUCUCCGACACGCUCUUUGGUGAUGGAGGCUCCCAAGGGAGUUUUGAUUAAUGCUGAAGCUGGCAACCUGGAAGCAACGUGCAGGACGGAGCUUAAGCUGCAAUCCAAAGAUGGUGAGAUAAAGUUGGAGGCUUCAAAAAUCAAACUACCUAGAUUGCCUCAGGGAUCCUACUCCCCUUCUGGAUCCAAUCAAAAAAUCUAUGAGCUGUGCGUAUGUUCCAAUGGGAAGCUGUUUCUGUCCCAGGCUGGAUCUAGCUCCACCUGCCAGAUAAACCCAAGUAUCUGCCUUUGAAAGAGACUGUUUGCAGCAGACUUCAUGGCAAGACAGUUAAGCUGCCACUUAAUUUUGCUAGAACACAGAAAGCCUAUCAAAGACUUGUGUGUAUGUUUUGGGGGGGGUGUGUGCGUGCAUGUGUGUGUGUGUGUGUGAAUAUAUAAAUAUAUAGAUAUAUAUAGAUAUAAGUAUAUAUAGAUAUAUAUAUCCUUUUCCAUAAAAACGAGGUUUCAGUACAAGAAAUUCCAGGGUGAUCCUCUUGGUGUAGCAUUUAUCAUUCCUGCAUCAAAAUGUAAGAACUAUGAGUGAACUGGAUGCAGAUCCUUUCCAGAGUAUUCAGAUUGUUGAAUGUAUGUCUCCAUUUGUCAAGGGUUUUCAAGCCUCUCCAAAUUUAAAGGCUAGUUCACAUGUAACAUUUAAUCUACAUAACUCUAAGAAGAAAUUCUAUCAUGUCACAAGAGACUGCACCCAGGUUUAAUCUGCCGUGUGUAAAGGCACUAGAUCUGCAAUUGCGGUUUCCCCAGCUGUCUAGGAAAGGGAGAUAGAGAGAUUACAUUUAUAUAAUGCUGAACACAGAUUCAUGUACUGUUGGUUCAUCUGUGGACAUAUAGAUAGAUAUCUGUAUCUGUGGAGAAAGAGUAUUGUGUAUAAAGACAACCUAAACAUGAAACCAAAAAAGGAAAGGCAGCACUCCUCGUGAAAGUAACAGACCAAAAAGGAAGGUAGAAUAUAUUCAAGCUACAAGUAAAGUUCUUCAGUAAACAGAAGAACAGAGCGAGUUUAAAACAUAUAUAAAACAAACCACUCUUGGAGUGGUUUACAGAGUCUUCAUAUUGAUCCAAAUAAUCUGGGUCUGCAUUUUACCAAUCUUGGAAGGUUGAAACAACUUUGAACUCCAGACUGUGAGCAGAGUUAACCUGCAACAAUGCAUUCUAACUACUGUACCACCAUACAUCAUAUAAUCAGAAGAGGCUUCAAGAAGGGCCUGGGAAUGGUGUCCUGGAAGCAAAUCAUCUGAUCAUUACAAACAUUCCCUGCAAAAAAAAUCCUAAAAAUAACUCUUCUAAAAAAAAAUAGUGAUUAAGCAAAGGUAGCAGCAAAAAGAAAGACCUUUUCAAUCAUACUGUUAAAACCAAAAACCUAAAAUGAAUUGCACUUCAGAAAAGGUGAUAGGAAGCAUGUGGUUUAUGUUCUGUCCACCAAUAUUCUGUAUCUUCAAUAGUGGAAAAGACACAUGAUUCAUGCAAUUGAUUCCUUAGCUGAUCCCCAAAUGUGUUUCUAAUAGUCUAGGAAAUAGAACUAGUCUAUAACUUCCAAGAUUUGGGGGAACACGUAAGUUAUUGGUUACUCUUCUAACAAGCUUGAAACCUCAAGCCAGUUUUGAGGCUUUCUGGUCUAGAGUACACCAAGCACUUCCUAGUCAGCUCGAUUCAGUUUAGAUAACAUUCUCACUAAUGGUUUCAGUGGAGUUUGGAUUAAGCCAUUUCUAAAUAUAGUUAGGUGCUUCAAGUCAUUGGUUAAAAAGACUUGGAGAUACCAGUAAAGUGCACUUUUGAUGGACAGUAAAAUGCAUAGUUACAGAUUAGAUUUGCAGUGCAAUCCUAGACAUUCUUACUCAGAAGUAAGGUCAAAUACGCUCUAUGAGGUUUACUUUACAUAGUUAAGGGUGCAGCCUUAGUGACUAUAUUAAGUCUUUAAAGCAUUGGCCAACUCAGUGGUUGUUGCAACCUACUUUGAGCUACUUAAAUGCAAGGGGGUCACCCAGGAUAAUAAUUGUAUUGGGACACAACUAUAUACCAUCUCUGUUAAAAGAGGGAGACUUGUGCCUAUGCCUUAAGUCAAUGCACUCAGCAAGGAGAAGCACAUCAAUAUUUAUCUUAUUAUUAAAAACAUUUUAUCUGAUACUUUAGACUAAAUGUUGGAAAGAAUGGUGAUUGCAAUGUUUGGAAGAUGAAUGCGGACUUAUGAGGUAGACUUAACUAAAACUGCCAAGGCUGAGAGGCACUGGUAACCUCAAUCUUGUUUUUGUCUGAGUAAUGAACAUCUAAAUUUAUACUGAAGGUACAACUUCAAAUCAUCAGAUGUGUUUGUGAAUUGUGUUUUUGCUUUUGUUGUUCAUUUCAUACUGAAUAGCGAUUCACUGUAAGACUCAUUUCAUUAAGGAACAUUUGUCAGGGUGCCCAUGAUGGUAAAUGAACUCAAUGCUGCAGAGGAAAUAGUCAUAUUGCAGUGUGACAAGGUUUUAUCUUUUCUUCUAUCAUCAAUUUUACCGAUAAGGAAAGAAACAAUUUUAUUGAAAUGAACUGCAGGUAUCUGGGUAUUUGCUUCUUUGUUUCUGAAGGGCUUAACUUUCUGCUAGUUUAGUCUGUAUAGUCAUUUGGCUCCCGAUUUUUAGUUUGGCUGUUAACUAAAUUGACAGUAAUGAAGAAUAUUUAUGGAGAGAGAAGAAAUACAAUAGCAAAAGUAAGACAAACAAGCCAUUCACAACAGCCAUCAAAUAGUUUUUAGAAUCUAAGCUUAGGUGCUGAAUUUGGUUAGCAAUUUAAAUUAGGCUCCCCACAAACAAAACCUCAUCACAUAGCCUGGUUCUAAAGUCCAUUAAUUCAGCUAACAUAGUCAUUAAUGUACAUUGGGUUAGAGAAGGCUGUCUUAAAAUAUGGGAGAAGUUUGCCAUCCCCAAAACAACGAAAGAUCUAUUGGAAAAGAUGUUAUUUACUUCCUUUGCUAAAAAUUACUAGGCUUUAAUUUAUUGUUCUUUUAAAAUCAUAUGUAAGAAGGUGUUUUGAUAUUUGUAAAAUUACAUAUAGUCAUACAAAACAUUUCCUCUUUCUUUGCUCUUUCCCAAUCUAAGUUGUAGGAAGCUUAAAUCUUCAAAAGUAUGAUUUGUAUGCAAUCUAUAAUUGUACAUAAAAUCCCAAUAAUAGUAUGACUGUCAUUUUUUUAACCGCAAUGGUGGUUGUAACAAUGCACAAUGCUUUUACAAUUAGCUUCCUUAAAGAUGGCAGAUACUUGCCUGUUUUGCAGGUAAACCUAUCAAAUCAGUCAUGGGAAAGAUGGAUGCCAUACUCCAAACUAUUCCAAUUCACUUCAUUGAAAAGAUAGAUUUCCCAUUAUAUUCUAUAUUGUUUUUUUCCAAAAUAAAUAAUACCCAAUAACAAACAAAAUAUGUUCAAAGGGUUAGGAUUCAGUAUUAAAAUAAGUAAUUAGUAAAUUUUUAAAUAUAUGGAGCUCAAUUAUAAUUAUUUAACUAUUUGUAUACUCUGAUUUUGAUCAGUCACAAAUACCUUCCAUAUAAAGUUAAGAUUUGUACCAGGGUGAAUGUUUUUAAAUAAGGCAUUAUAUAUCAACAAUUUGGACACAUAUACAGUAUGUUUUAUUAAUACUUUUAAAAACUGAUAACCUCUAACAAAUGUUUAUUAUUUUAAUGUAACAUUUGUUUCCCUUUAUAUUCUUCUACUCUCCAAUUUUAAUUUUAAAAGAGAUUUCUACAGGCUUCUGUGGAAAGUAAUUGCAAGGGAAAAAAACCUUCUUACUCUAAAGCAAAGAUCCUCAACCCCCAGUCCGUGGAUUGGCACGGGCUACAGCAAUCCAGAAACCAACACAAACAAAGCCCCAUAGAGCCGAGGUGGCACAGUGGUUAAAUGCAUCACUGCAGGCUACUUCAGCUGACUGCAGUUC